AUGUGGAACUCGUCGGAGAUAAAUGUCCCUCCCAGUAACCUAUCUGGAUUGUUUGAUAUUGGAGGUGGUGUUUAUAAUACCAUGAUCAAAGUAGUCUUCAUCAUAAUUAUGACGGGAUCAUUAAGUCUAGUGACUAUUAUUGGAAAUAUUCUGGUCAUUGUUUCUAUCAAAAUCAACAGACACUUGCAAACUAUUAACAAUUACUUCAUUUUGAGCUUAGCCUGUGCUGAUUUGUUUAUUGGUGUAUUCUCCAUGAAUCUGUAUACCAUUUACACGGUAGUUGGCUAUUGGCCUAUGGGACCAGUUAUAUGUGAUUUAUGGCUUGCUCUCGACUAUGUUGCCAGCAAUGCCUCUGGUAUGAAUCUCCUUGUCAUUAGUUUUGACCGAUAUUUCUGUGUGACAAAGCCUCUCAGCUAUCCAAUGAAGAGAACGACUAAAAUGGCAGGGAUGGCGAUUGCAGCUGUUUGGCUGCUGUCAUUUCUCUUGUGGGCUCCUGCCAUUCUCUUCUGGCAGCUUGUUGUCGGGGAACGAGCAGUCCAAGAGGGUGAAUGUUAUGUGCAGUUAUUCUCAAUCCCAGCUGUUACGUUUGGCACUUCUGUCGUGGCUUUCUAUCUCCCUGUUACAAUCAUGGUGGUUUUAUACGUCAAAAUAGCUCGUGCCAGUAAGAGCCGAAAAACGGAGGAUAAAGUAGAAUCUGAGCCAAAGAAGGGCAGUGUUUACCCCAGAAUAUCCCAACUAGUACAAGGUAAAAUAACGAAAUCGAAUGUUGACAUUACACCAAAUGAUGUGUAUCAUUUUACUCAUGUCGAAAAGCAAGCGGUUGAAAUGAAUAUCAAAGUAACAACGGUCAAUUAUACACAGGAGGAGAAAGAGUGCAGGAAUGAGUCAGUUUGCCUCAGUGCUAUUGCAUCAAAUCAGAAAGGAAAAGAGGGGAUCCGAAAUAGUUAUACGAAGCAAAAUGGUUUGAGGACUAAUAACUCCAAACAUCCUUUCAUUAAAAUACUUGGAAAAUUUGAAAAGAGUGACGUUAGUAGCGGUAGGGGCAAAAUGGCACCACAAGUUAUCAGCAAGAAAUGGAGUGAAGAGAGUGAAGAAUUACACAGGACCGUGAAAAUGCCCAAGACGAAAGGCAAGAAGACAAAUACAGCUACAACCCGAGGGGAGAAGGUUACAAGAACAAUCCUGGCCAUUCUUCUGGCAUUUAUCAUCACGUGGAGCCCGUAUUUUGUCAUGGUGCUCAUUAGUACCGUCUGUUCCAUCUGUAUCCCCGAAAUACUUUGGACUAUCGGAUACUGGCUUGCUUACAUCAACAGUACAAUUAACCCAGUCUGUUAUGCACUUUGUAAUGCUACUUUCAGGAAAACGUUCAAGUAUCUUCUGUUAUGUCAGUACAAAGGGCGUAUUUGUGCCACAAGAUAA